GGCCCCCGCCCUCCCCGGACGCGGGCUCCUCCCCGGGGGCGGAGGGCGGCCGCCGCGAGACCGGCAGGCUGCAGACCCAGUUGCGGGAGGCCUAUUAUCUGCUGAUCCAGGCCAUGCAGGACCUGCCCCCGGACGCGGGCGCGCGGCGGGGUGGCGGGGGCUCGGCGCUGCGCAGCUGCCCCGCGGGGGCCCCGGCGCGCGGCCAGGCCCCGUCACCCCGCCGCGCGGCCGCCCGCCGAGCCUGCCCGGGAGGCUGGGAGCGAGGCGGCAGCGACCGCCCUUCGCAGCAGGUGUCCCCGCCCUGGACCCCUCCUCGGGAGUCCGGGAGAGGCGGUCAGCGGACUUCUCGGAGGCAGCUACCCUGCAGCCGAAGCCUCGAGAGUCUUCAGGGGGGCGUCCAGCGGCCUCCGCUCCAGCGGUGGCCGAGCGACAGCUGGAUCAGCAGCGCGCGCGGGGACCCGGACGAGCCCCCGCCACGUGGAGGCGGGAUGGACGGCUGCGGCCGCGCCGCCGCGGCCCCCGGCCGCCUGCCUGGCGACCCCAAGGACCCCGUCCGCUCCUCGGGGAGCCGCUUCGGGAAUCCGGCGGGGCCGUCCUCGGCACGGCUCGGCGGCAGAGAUGGCCCGGAGGACCCCCGCUUCCUCAAACCCCCGGCGGUGACCGUGAAGAAGCUGCAGAAGUGGAUGUACAAAGGGCGACUGCUGUCCCUCGGAACGAAGGGUCGCGCCCGUGGGGCAGCCCCCGAAGUCCCGGGAGCGCAGGCAACCCCGCCAAACGUGGGCGCUUGGAAAAUGCGCGAAAGCCACGUCCUGUCGGUGCCUCCGGACCAGAGGAUCACACUGACAGAUUUAUUUGAAAAUGUCUAUGGGUCAUCAAUGAAGAGAAGAGAACUUGAAGACCUGAAGGAUAAUAUUGAGUUCAGGGAUCCUAGGCCACUUAACAGCAUCACUGUUUCAAAGAAACGCAAUUGGCUGUAUCAGAGUACUCUGAGGACUCUUAAUCUAGAAGAAAAUAAGAAAUUCCAAGAUAGAAGUCCUUUUUCCAUCCCUCCUGUGUCACUUUCUAAACCUCAGCUAUCGCAGCCUUCCUUCAAGUCAUCUGAGGAGUACUAUUCAUACCUGGUUUGUGAUACUACAAACUCUUCAUUAUCAAGAAACUGUUCUUUUGACUCUAAUGAGGAAAAUGAUGCAGAUGAUGAAGGAGAAAUCUGGUACAACCCCAUUCCUGAGGAUGAUGAUGCCAGUGCCUUGAGUUUCCAUGAGGCAAAUCCUCCUGUCCUGAAGCUUCCUGCUCUCAGUUUGAGUAUAUUGUCUGACAGUGAAUCAGUGAAAGCAGAACAGCAUACUGAAGACUUGGUAUGCGCUGCGGAACACACAGGUGAUAUUCAGAGCUUGCAGUCAAAUGGAAUGAGUUCCAGAAAUUCCACCCAUUCUACAGAAUUUAUGCAGCAGUACAAGCAAAGGCUAGGAUACAAAACCCAAGAAAGUAUAAUGGAGAACAGUCUCAUGUUGAAAUCUGCUUUUUCAGGUCCAGGGAUGUUAGCUACUACAAAUAGAACUGAACUUGGGAUUGUAGAACCUUCCUCUCCAAGCCCUAGUCCUGUGAAAAAAGGCAGUUCAAUUAAUUGGUCUUUGCCAGAUAAAAUAAAAUCUCCACGAACUGUGAGAAAACUCUCCAUGAAAAUGAAAAGGUUGCCAGAAUUUAGCCGAAAGCUGGGUGUUAAAGGAACCUUCAAUUAUAUAAAUAGUCCAGAUAAUACCCCUUCCUUGUCUAAAUGUAACUGUCGAGAAAUUCAUCACACUGUUAUUCUACCUUCUGGGAGCACAACCACAGCUGCUAAGAGGAAUGUUAUAAGUCGAUACCAUCUUGAUACCACAGUAUCUUCUCAGCACAGCUACCGGAAGAAAGCCUCAGUGAGUCCAAAGUAUUCCUGCAAAGGUGGUUACCUCAGUGAUGGAGACUCACCUGAACUUGUAACUAAAUCUACCAAACAUGGAUCUGAAAACAAAUUUGGAAAAGCAAAAGAAAUAAUUCCCAACAGUUGUAGCAAAAAUGAAAUAGAUAUCGAUGCUUUUAGACACUAUAGCUUUUCUGAUCAACCCAAAUGUUCACAGUACAUAUCAGGGCUCAUGAGUGUGCAUUUCUAUGGUGCAGAGGAUUUAAAGCCACCCCGGAUAGAUUCAAAAGAUGUUUUCUGUGCAAUUCAGGUAGAUUCAGUAAACAAAGCAAGAACAGCAUUGCUUACAUGUCGGACAACAUUUUUAGAUAUGGAUCAUACUUUCAAUAUAGAAAUUGAAAAUGCACAACAUCUGAAACUCGUAGUGUUCAGUUGGGAGCCCACUCCAAGAAAAAAUCGAGUAUGUUGUCAUGGAACUGUUGUUCUCCCCACCUUAUUCAGAGUGACGAAGACACACCAGUUGGCUGUCAAACUUGAACCUAGAGGUCUUAUUUAUGUAAAAGUGACUCUUAUGGAACAGUGGGAGAAUUCUCUCCAUGGACUAGAUAAGAAUGAAGAACCAGUGAUAUUUGGUGUUGACAUUCAAAAAGUUGUAGAAAAAGAAAAUGUAGGCUUGAUGGUGCCACUCCUGAUACAGAAAUGUAUUAUGGAAAUUGAAAAGAGAGGCUGUCAGGUAGUAGGCCUAUAUCGAUUAUGUGGUUCGGCUGCAGUAAAAAAAGAACUUCGAGAAGCUUUUGAAAAGGAUAGCAAGACUGUUGGUCUGUGUGAAAACCAGUACCCAGAUGUAAAUGUAAUAACAGGUGUUCUUAAGGAUUUUUUAAGAGAACUUCCUUCUCCUCUGAUAUCAAAACAGCUCUAUAAGGCUGUGUUAGAUACAAUGAUAAAAAGUCCUUUGAAAAUGUCAGCAAGUGGUUGUGAGAAUGACCCAAGUGAUUCUAAGUACACUGUUGACCUGUUGAAUUGUCUUCCAGAUGUGGAGAAGGCAACUCUAAAGAUGUUGUUGGAUCAUUUAAAAUUGGUGGCUUCUUACCAUGAAGUGAACAAGAUGACCUGCCAGAAUUUGGCAGUGUGUUUCGGACCAGUAUUAUUAAGUCAAAGGCAAGAGACUUCUACCCAUAACAACAGAGUCUUCACUGAUUCUGAAGAACUUGCAAAUGCUUUGGAUUUUAAAAAACAUAUUGAAGUUCUUCAUUACUUGCUCCAGCUUUGGCCAGUGCAACGUUUAACUGUCCAAGAAUCAACAGACAAUUUUUUCACAGAGCACUUGUCCUCUCUGACUUAUCUGAGGCGGAAGAAAGAACGACCUUACAUGUUAAAUUUUCAUACUACUGAUUCUCCAGGAAUACUUAGACCAAAGCAGACCAAAUUAGAUAGUCCACUUAGCAAUCGGUAUGCAGGAGAUUGGAGCAGCUGUGGAGAAAACUACUUUGUAACUACAAAAGAAAAUUUAAAUGAUGAUGUACCUUCAGAAGAUACAGAAGAUGGAGAAGAUUAUAACAAAAUGGAGGCAGCAGAAAUGAUAAUUGAACAGCCAGUUCCCAUGUCCAAAGAGUGCACAUUUCAGACGUAUUUGACAGUGCAGACCAUUGAUUCUACAGUCAAUCAAAAAGUUAAUCUCAAAGAUCUACAAGAAAGCAUUGAUACUUUGAUUGGUAACCUGGAGCGGGAGCUCAACAAAAACAAGCUUAAUAUGACUGUUUGAGACUGAGUUUUCUUUGGUUUUUAAUAAUGUCAAAGUUUCAAAUUAGUCAUUUUCUUUCUCAUACCUCUUAAAGUUGUUUUUUUCUUGAAGCCUUCAUUUACUGUCUAAUAAGUUCAUAUGAUUCAAUUUAAAAUAUUAUUCAUUAAUAUAAUUUUGACUAAUUUUGUUACCAGACUUCUAAGAGUGAAGGUAACUUGGACAUUUGGGGAAGUUUUAAGGAACCUUGCCAGUUUUAUGGUGGUGACUUUCACAUGCACUUAGAAGGUUCAGGUAAGUAGGUCACUGGCUCCUCCAGGUUUUAUACUCUAUGAGUGCUCCUGUGUAGCUGGGGAAAGCUGUCCCUUUCAGAGGAACAUUGAGCUGCUCAGAUUGAUUUGCAGUAGCAAUCUUGUACACUACAACAUUAUUUGGUCAUAUUUCAUUUGCAACGCAAAUGCUGCUAUAAGAGAACCUUUUUUAUAAAUAAAAAGUAAAAUUAUACAAAUCUUAAUCUAUUCUGUAUUAACAUUCAGUAAUUAUUUAAACUUAAAAGUUAAAUAUUUUUAUAAUCCUGAAAAUCUGUAUAUAUUUAUAAGUGCACAUAUGUAUAUGUAUUAGAGUUGUGGGGAGGGUGAUUGGAUACAGAAUCACACACAUUUUCUAAGGUAUAUAUGUCACCAGGCCAAAAUGAUUAGCUUGCAGAUAUCUUUUUCAGGGAAAGAACAUUUGGGUUAAAGGAGAAGUUAAACAAAAACACUUGAAUAGAAACACUGUAGAAAUAUCUGAGUAGAAAUAAUAGAUUUUUCUUUUUGAUUCAUAGUCAUGAUAUCCCCUGGGAAAAUUUGCCAGUUAAAUUGAAAUCUUCUAACUCCAUAAGGGAUCAAGUGCCUUUUUCUGCACUAAUGACUUGGAUGUUUAAAAUUUGGUCUAUGCAUCUUUUGUGUUUUGUGAUGUAUUUAUUUGUAGUAGCACACUUAGUAUAUUGACCUUAUAAUGACUCCUACUUAUUUUGAAAGACAGUAUCUUGCCAGCAUACUACAUUGUUGAUUUUUAAAUAUUAACUUAUUUUGGCUAAGUAUAUCUAUAAUCUAGCUAUUAUAGCAAUCAUAGCGGUGUUUGAAAAUGUAAAUUUAGAAAGUUUUAAAAAAUUAAAUUGAAUGUAUUUUUUAAAAGUUUUAUACCUGCAGAAUGUAUACUUUAAAAAUUAUAUGAAAAUUGAUGUACCAACUUUUAGGUAUGGCAGCCAUUAAAAACUGGCUUAAUACUUUUCUAAUAAAAUAUUUCUAUGCAAUUAUACAUUGGUAUACAGAACAUUUAGUUAUUUAAUUUGAGAGCCCUCAUAAAAAGGUAAGUGUUUUUAUGUGAAACUUUUUUUAAGGCAUUGUGUAAUAAUUUAGAAUAUCAAAAGAAUGUGACAGGUGGUGUCUGUCACGGGUAAACAAUGAGAACAAAAGUACUUUUAGGUGUUUUAUAAGGAGGCUGUCUAUUGUCUUCCUGUGGCUUUGUAUGUCUUGCAUACUGUAUGUAUUGAAUGAACUGUUCCAGAAAUGUAAAAAUUGUAUUAAAAAUGAUAACUUUUAGUGUCAUGCUAUUAUAAUGAUUUUAGUUAGAGAUCACUUAUUUUAA